AUGCACCAGUACCUCACUAACGGACACACCUUCAGGUGGGGUUUGAGCAUGCCUGGCUUGUUGUCAGUUCUGAUAACAUGCGGAAACCUCCUUGUCAUAACCUCCAUCAUGUACUUCAAACAGCUCCACACUCCAACAAACUACCUCAUCCUCUCUCUGGCUGUGGCUGACCUGCUUGUUGGAGUUAUAGUUUUACCUUUUAGCACAAUACUGUCAGUCAGCUCAUGCUGGCACCUCACAGGUUUUCUUUGUACAAUCCGAGGCAUGUUUGACGUAUUUCUGUGUGGAACCUCUAUUUUAAACUUGUGCUUUAUCUCAGUGGACAGAUACUAUGCAGUGUGUCAGCCUCUGACAUACACGGCCAAAAUGUCUGUUCGCGUUACUACCGUCUUGAUCACUGUCAGCUGGGCUUUUCCUGCUCUUGCGUUCGUCAUCUUCUCCCCGAGACUGAAGCAAAGCAGUGGUAUUGUGAAAUGUGCACUGUUCGAAAACUCGCGGACAGCCAUCAUCGCGAGCGGGAGCACGUCUUACAUCCCAGCUGUUGUGAUUUCUUCUGUCUACCUGAAGAUUUUAACAGUUGCUCUGAAACAGGCUCGCAGCAUCCAGACCACAAUGAAACCUGGAGCAUCUGUCAGUAAGACGGAGAAUAAAGCCACCAAAACUCUGGCUAUAGUUGUUGGAAUUUAUCUCAUGUGUUGGUGUCCUUUCUUUCUUUCUGUGGCUUUGUAUCCGCUAACUAGGAACACAAUACCAAUUGCUGUGAUUGAAGCUUUCAAGUGGCUCGGGUGGUCAAAUUCGAUGAUUAACCCGUUUGUUUAUGGGUUUUUCUAUAAGUGGUUCCGAUCCGCUUUUAAAAUGAUCAUUUCCGGGAAAAUAUUUCAAGGUGAUUUCUCUGAUUCAAAGCUAUCCUGA